AUGCUAUCCCUUUCGCUGACGAGCCUGUCAACCGCUCGCGACGCGGAUGCGACCCAGCAGAAGUUCCACUGGCAAAAAUACACAGACGACCUCACUUUUGUCAUAGACAGCUAUGGUGCACGUGACAACACUCAGCUCAUCAAGGUGGUGCAAGGCACAGAGGUUCGGCAAGUGAUUGAGAUACAGCGACUUGUGGCUGAAGGAGAGCAAUUGAAACGCCAAAUGCAACACCGCGGGCUAGAGAUGCAGGCCGAACAGCUACCAAUCUCAGCCAUCAUCCGCUGUCCUUUGCUUGCUAUACGAUGGCAACUGCCGGAUCAGAAGGUACGGCGUAUUCAGUUAAAGUUCAAGUCAGACACAGACUUUGACACGGCAUUUAAUCGGCUUCGGCAGCUUGGCCUUCACAUGAGUGAGCAGAACCGCCCUUCAUCCCCGUUACGUUCCACAGCUCCAGGCCCAAGUACAGCUAUAGCAAGAGCACCAUCUGCCAGGCCAGGCCUUACAGCUGCCGUAUUGUCUGAGCAGCCUAGCAGCAGCACUAUCACAGGGGGCGGCUUAUCCUGUCCCCCCUCGCGUCUCGCAGAAAUCUCCAGUCGACCUCACACAGCUGCCAAUGCACCCAGCCCUUUCGAAUCUCGACCGCAGGAAGCCUCACCUAUUCGUCCAUUAUCCGCUACUCUGGGAUAUAGCAAAGGAGACGCUCUCACAUCAAGCUCCUUUUCUGGCCCUCUGAACCCACCCGUGCUCUUCCCUCGGCCUCACUCAGCAACAGCCGAUAUACUUGGUCGUAGCUACAACCUUUCCUUUUCAGCAGAUAGGCAAAUUUCGACAACCGAAGAUGUAGCGCAGGGAUCUACCGAACGCCCAGAGACUGCAAUGCUCUUCAAUCGCCCAGACACCGCCGAAACGCUACCACCACGGCGAGAACUCCCUUUCCAGCGUUUAUCAGAGCCACGUUCAUCCGGAAGCGAUACUGCGCGGACUUCUGAUAGACCCUUGACCGGACUCAUGGGCCCUCCUGCUCUACCAUCGCGUACAGCUGUUCAACGACCCAGCUCUAGUCUCAGCGCCAGCAGCAAGGAUGUCGACCUACCUCCUCUGCCCCAGCCCACAGUGAUUGAAAAGAAUCGUGGAAAACAGACAAUGCAGCAGGCUCCUCGCACACCAAAUCAAGAUCAGAAUACCUUUCAGCGUGCAAAGGCCUCUCCCCACAGUCGCAUCGAAAAACAGCCUUUCACGUCAUCGUCUCCAACGUCUUCUCCUCUGGCAUUCGGCAAAUCAAGCUCAAGCGCCUUUCCAUCGCCACAUCCACUCAGUACACCAGGUGCCAUGGCCCGCAGCCUACAAGAACCCAUCUUCCAGCUUCAUCACUCGUUUGUCACGCCUCCAGCAUCAGAAGCUAUCCAGCAAGAUUCUCACGCGUUCAGUACAGCAGCCAGCGACGCACAGCGCCUAGCAGCAUACACGCAGCUGUCUGAUGAAGAACGGAGAGUAAUGAUCAACGAUCUCAUAUUCCGCCAUCUUGAAAGCGAAGAUUUUCUUGUGCUGGUGGAGGAUGUGGAGACAGCUUGGGCGCGAGUCGCUCUUGGUAUGCGCUGA